AUGAGGCUUCACUGGGUGAGCGCCGCUCUCGCAUAUACGUCGGUGGUGUCAUCGACUGCUGUUCUACUGCCGCUGUACGUCUACCCUGAUGACGGCGCAUGGAACUCGGUAUACAAGGCCAUCACUGCCAAUCCAAGCGUCCCAUUCUAUGUGGUGGUGAAUCCAGAUGACGGACCCGGUUCUUCAGACUUCCCGGACGAGAACUACAUCGAGGGCAUAUCGACGCUGAACAGCUACAGCAACGUCCACGUCCUGGGCUAUAUUUCCACCGGCUACGCAGGCGUGCCGCUAUCACAGAUUACGCAGGAGAUCGCCAAGUACGCCAACUGGGCCAACUACUCGCCGCAGAACAUCUCCAUCUUGGGGAUCUUCUUCGACGAGGUAACGAGCGAGCCAUCGAGUUCCAGUGACAGCUAUGUUAAAGAUGCGUCAGACGCGGUCCAUGCCAACCUUCCCCACGCGGCAGAGGUAUCGGUCGUGUUCAAUACGGGCACCCUGGCCCCCGCGGAGUAUUUCAACUAUGCGACCUUUAUCGUCGAGUUUGAGAGUUCGUACCAAGAGUACAAUGCGCAGGGCACGCCGCAGUCCAUACAGGGCCCGCAGCGAUCCCAGAGUGCCAUUUUGAUCAACCAGACCCCGGCUGACGUGGAUCUGGGUAGUCUUGUUCAAAAAGCCACCACGGAUGGCAUCGGCGCAGUCUAUCUCGCGGAGGAUUGCUGUUACAGCUCUCUGAGCUUGGUGAAUAAGUUGGCAUCCGCGAUUGCAGAAAUUUAA